UCGCACCGUCACCCGUGCGUCGUCGUACCUUAAAAUGUGACUCGGGGUUAGCGCGCACACACACACACACACACAUAUAUACACUACACGGGAUAGGCUGAGUGCGAGUGUAGAAAGAUUAGCCGUGUGUGCAUCGCGCGAGAACAUACUAUUCGUUUAGUUUUUAGACAAAACGCGGUGAUACACCGAGUGAAGCAUAAGGGGUCGUCGCGGGGGCGUGCAACGGGGUCUCGUGAAGAAAGGUAGACAAAGAGAAAGAGAGAGAGAGAUAGAGAGAGAGAGAGAUAGAGAGAGAGAGAGAGAGAGAGAAAGAGAGAGAAAGAGCGAUAGAACCACAGGGAAAAAAAUCAACGAGACAGACAGAUGAUACGGGGGUGACCUGAGUGAGAUCAGACGCUCGAUCGUACUGGUGAUCGUGCGAAGAACUUUUCGACAAACGCCGCGUGACCUCGCAGUUUCGGGGACCGUCGCUGAGGAACGAAUACAUAUUAUUUUAUCCUAGUUACACAGGGCGAAAGAGGGGAGGGGGAAAAAAAAAGAGAGAAGACAAGAGUGUCACUGACAAAUAGGUGGAGAGUAGCUCGAAAGAAGGACCGACGCGCGACCAGAGGAGAAGAUGUCGUGAAGAUACAUGAAGAAAGAAGGAAAACGAGUGACAGAGAGAGAGAGAGAUAGAGAUAGAUAGAUAGAGAGAGAGAGAGAGAGAGAUAGAGAUAGAUAGAUAGAUAGAGAGAGAGAGAGAGAAAAAACGUGUGAAUUUCAUUGAGUGAUGCAUAUACAAAGAUACACGUAGGUAUAUAUAUACACACCCACAUACACACAUUGCACAUGUGUACACAUGCGCAACGCGAAAACGUGUGAGUGUACUUGGCUCGAGGAUUGUCCCCGUCGUGUCGUCGUUUUUGUUGCCGUCAUCGCGGAUACAUCUUCUUCCGACUUAAAAUUCCGGGAGAUAUAAGUGAGAGAGCUCGAGAGAGAAUUCCGGAAGUGACUGACGCAGCGAGACCUCGAGAGAUAUAUAAUUCCUUGCCGCGAAUGAUCGUCGUCGCGCAACGGUUACGUUCCGCCGUCGCCGUUGUCCGUCGUGCAUUACUUUUCUCGUGAACUGUGAUUUUUUUGUGCCGUUCGCUGACGAGGUAGGAAAGAGGAGUCAUCUGCGACGGCAGGAUUAGAUACGAACAAGAAAAAUGAAGCUCGAGCUGGACCGGGAGAAGGGCCUCGAGCUCUUCGGCAAGCUGAUACGUACAAAGAACGUCGAAGGUCUGCAGGGUAACCAGACCAAAACCGGUCCCGAGCCGCUCCAUCCAGCCGACUCCAAGCAGAAAUUACAGAAGUGCCUGACGACUCUGGACCUGACGUCUUUAGGAGUUGGCUCCUGCGUCGGGACAGGGAUGUACCUUGUCGCAGGAAUGGUGGCGUACAGGGUUGCCGGACCUGGUGUCGUCAUCUCAUUCAUUAUCGCAGCCAUUGCUUCCAUUUUUUCCGGGGCGUGUUACGCCGAGUUUGGAGUACGAGUGCCUCAUACGACCGGCAGCGCUUACAUGUACAGUUACGUGACAGUAGGCGAAUUAAUAGCAUUCAUUAUUGGAUGGAACAUGGUGCUGGAGUACCUUAUAGGUACGAGUGCCUGUGCGUGCGCCCUUAGCGCCUGCCUGGACGCGUUGGCGAACGGUGCUAUUUCAGGGGCGAUAGCCGACAGCGUCGGCACCAUAUUCGGACGACCGCCCGAUUUUGUUGCGUUCGUCAUCACGAUACUCAUGAUGCUGCUGCUGGUGGCGGGUGUGAAGAAAUCCUUAGUGUUCAAUAACGUGUUGAACGCUAUUAAUCUCGCCGUCUGGGUCUUUGUCAUGACGGCAGGCAUGUUUUAUGUGGAUUCCGACAAUUGGUCCAAGCACGACGGCUUCCUUCCUUACGGCUGGAGCGGGGUGUUCACCGGCGCGGCGACGUGUUUCUACGCCUUCAUAGGCUUCGACAUAAUAGCCACCACCGGUGAGGAAGCGACGAAUCCGAAGAGGAGUAUCCCCCUCGCCAUAGUCUCGUCGCUGAUCAUAAUUCUCAUCGCUUACGUCACCAGUAGCAUGGUGCUGACACUGAUUGUUCCGUAUCACCAAGUCGAUCAGGACUCGGCGUUGGUAGAGAUGUUCGGUCAAGUCGGGGCCUAUAAGUGCAAGUACAUUGUCGCGGUAGGCGCGCUGGCGGGUCUCACGGUCUCCAUGUUCGGCAGCAUGUUUCCGAUGCCGAGAAUAGUUUACGCGAUGGCUCAGGAUGGCCUUAUAUUUCGGAGCCUCAGCGAAGUUUGGCCGACAACGGGAACUCCCGCGAUUGCAACUCUAACUUCCGGCUUGUGUGCCGCCCUAGUUGCGUUGCUGAUACAGUUGGAGGUGCUGGUGGAGAUGAUGUCGAUCGGUACUCUGCUGGCGUACACUCUGGUGUCCACCUGCGUGCUGAUACUGCGGUAUCAACCGCACUCGACGAAUCUGGUCGAACUGCUGCCGCAGAGUCUAAGGACACCGUGUCGCUCGCCCACGAAAGAGACGCAGGGAAACGGUCAGCUGACUUACGGCAAAGAGCUCAGGCCUGAUCAACUUGCGAGCGCGUUGACUUCGGUCCAAGUUCAGUCGGAGCUCAAUGCCACCAGCAACGGACAACGCAUCACAGUGCGACGGGUAAGAAGGUGCAACAGUUCGUCGCCGGAUUCGGACGACACGUACGGCGGCGAGGAGGACGAAGUGGGAUUAGGUAAGGACGAUCAGUAUCUCGUCAGCGACCGAACGGAGAAUAAAUUCUACGGAAGCGUGCACGCGGCCGCAGCCGCCUCGAGUUGCGGUAGCGCUCAUCAAUAUCCUGGAAACACGCCGAUCAUAGGACCACCGUUGAAUUAUCUACAGCGUCGAUUGCAGGCGGCGCAAUAUCUUUGUCCUGCUAUAUUUCCGUGGGUCGACAGAGGUCCUGCGACAGAAGCGUCAGGACGUUACGUCAUGAAGCUCGUUGGAAUUUUAUAUAUCUUGAUCCUUAUCUUUGAUCUGAUUGUUGUCUGUGGGAUGGGUAACAUGGGAACGUUUACAACGAUAUUACUAUUCGUUUUUCUCUUUGCCAUAAUUGGUGUACUUCUCGCCAUCAGUAGAAAGCCACAAAACAGGAAUAGCGUAAUGUUCAUGACUCCAGGUUUGCCCUUCGUCCCCGCGAUAGCCGUUACCGUUAAUAUUUAUCUUAUCUUCAAGCUCAGUAUUCUCACGCUAGUCAGAUUCACGGUCUGGAUGACUCUCGGCUUUGUCAUGUACUUCCAAUAUGGUAUUAAACACAGCAGUCUGGAGGAGGCGAAUGCGUCAGAUAUCGCCGACGAUUGUGCUGGCGGCACGGCCGGCAACAUCGAGCUGACGGUUACCGAUCAUCAUCAGCAACAGAAAUAUAUAACGCCGGAUCGCAGCAUCUAUGAGAGCCAGCAGCUGGACGCGUUCGGCCAACCGGUAUUCGGUAGCACGAACUUUGGCGGCACGCCGAGUCAGCAGCACAUGGGCAUAGGCGGUCAUCAGCAAAGACAAGGAGCGGCGGGCGGCAACCGCAUCGACCAAACCGCGCCGACGACGACGGGCAAGACUCUGUUCAUCGAUCAGGACAACUUCCCCACCUGGGACGAUUGAAAAGCGUCUCACGCGGCACCGAGCGGAUAUUAAUGUAUACAUAACAUACACGAAUAGAAAGAGAGAAAGAGAGAAAGAGAGAGAGAGAGAGAGAAAGAAAGAGAAAGAGAAGAGAAGAGAAGGGAUUCACAACACUUGAUACAUACACACGCGCGCGCGCGCGCGCGCGUGCAAGAACCGACGUCGGAUGAUUGUUGGUGCAACAGACACUUCGGAAAUUGCGAUGGUUUUCGCGUUCGAACGCUUUUUAAGAAGCUGCGCCGAGGUCUUCUCGAACACGACUACACGAUAACUUUCAACGGACGAUUAUCGAGAGUUAAAUGCUGUGUUAACGUGAAAUAAUAUAUCGUACUAAAACGAGUUCAGAUGAAUGCUUAAACGUCUGCUUUCUAGAGAUGUCGAUUAGCACCGACUAAAAGAUUACUUGACUGUAUAACGUUCAACAUUAAAAGCAGGUAAGACGAAGAAUCUAAACUAGUAGUUGAAAUUAAGAAACUAGUGAAAAAAAGAUCGAUAAUUUUUAUAACUGCGCCUAGUCGUGGCCCCAUUAUUUCUUCAAAUUUCUAUUGUUUCCCUAAAUGCCCAUCUCAAGAUCAAGUUCUCAUUGAAUUAAACUUGUGCAAACAUUGUACUUAGAGACACAUCCAGUAAAUUGGCUGUAAAGUACUGUCGAACACUUCAAACUAGAUCGCUUUAGAAAAAUAAUGCUGACGCUCAUAAUCGUCCGCUCGAAGGUUACAUCUUAUAUCUUGAAGUUCAUCUUUUAGAAUUGAGAUUAGAUCGAUGCGCGCGUGAACGUAAACGGAGAGGCCAAGAACCGUGAUACUCCGAGGAUCGAACUUGUUGAUUACUAUUUGGGACGAAUGUAGCAAAUAAUUUUUGCGGCAAUAUUUAUUAUUCUAGUAACAUAGUAUCGUUGACGAGAGGUUGCGAGUGAGAAAAGGACGAAGAGAAGAAGGACAGAAGAAUGGAGCGGUGAAAGAAGUAGAGGAAUGUGCCGAAGGGCGUAAAGAUGUGAAAGCGCAAAAGGGGCUGAAUAGAAAAGAGACGAUAGAAGCAUUAAGAAAGAAAAGCAGAUGUGAAAAGACCAUUACCAUUAGUAUAAGGCGAAACUUGUGUUUUCCAAGAGAGAGAGAGAAAGAAAGAAAAAGAGAGAGAGAGAGAGAGAGAGAGAGAGAGAGAGAGAGAAAGAGGGAGAAACAGCGCGUUCUAACUGCUAAUUAUAAGUUCGAAUUUAUUUCUAGUUUGUGAGUGGAAGAAUGCGAGAUGAAACAUGAGAGUGUGUUGGUGCGAAAGGGUGAAUGAAAAGCGUGCAAGGAUGUGAAAAACACAGAAUGAAAGUGAAAGAGAAAGAGAGAGAGAGAGAGAAGAGACAGAGUGAAUAAUAUAAUGAGGUGUGCCUGAGAGUAUAACAAAAAAAAAAAAGAAAAAAAAAUUACGUACGAGUGUGAGUUUGAGUAAAAAGAGAAGACUCUAAUGAACAAAAAAGAAAAGAAAAACAUCAUCUUGCCUAACUUUAGUCUUUCCCAAGAAAAAAGAAGUUUAGUCUAACAUAUUAUAAUCGUAACGUAUCUAAGCUUACUACAAUAUUUACAUACGUCUUACCUCGAGUAAACCCUUUGAUUAUUAAUUUACACGCAAUUUGUAUAAAUUAUCUAGAAACUAAGCGCACGUCGUCUCCCAGAAACUUGAAAGAUUUGAACAAAAAAGUGAGCGUGUGUGUUAGGUUUGAGACUCUGCAGGAAGAAUAAAAAACAUCUAAAAAGAAUCGAGAGAGAGAGAGAGAAAGAGAGAGAGGAGAAUUUAUGGAAAUAUGAAUUCUAAUCUUAGACGCGCGUAUUAACAUUUUACAUUCUCGUAUUUCUUUAUAUUUAGUUAAAACCCAAAACAGUGUGUUUCUUCUUGCAAGAGUUGAGAUGCACCAAAGUGAUUCCGAAAAAAAUAGAAGCGAGAAGAAACAAUUCGAGAGAAAUUAUCAGCAUAUAUUAAAGAAGUAAAUUCUUCUCCCAAUUUUAAUUUCGUC